AUGGGUAAUAAACCCAGGGCCUUCCGAUUCCUAAACAUUUGGACGACGAAUCCUGGGUUACUGAAUGUAGUUCGUCAAGCCUGGCAGGAGGAGACUCCUGGAGCACCUUUGCGGGCUCUUUGCUCCAAGCUCCUGCGCACUAGGAGGGCCAUUCAAGAUUGGAAUAAGGGGGUCUUCGGGAAUGUAUUUGAGAAUGUUCGGAGGGCAGAGGAGAAGGUUUUAGCUGCGGAGAACCGCACGGAGGGGGAUGCCUCUACGGAGGCUCAGCAACGUAGAGCUCAGGGGGCGAUCCACAGAGUGAAGAAUGAGAAUGGUGCAUGGGUAGAGGAUGUUGAGGGGGAUAGCCGAUGUGGCUAUGGGAUGGCUCUUGAAGCUUGUCCAACGAUUGAAGAGGUGAAACGGGUAGUGUUUGAGAUGGAUGGGGAUAGUGCAGCAGGCCCAGAUGGCUUCACCGAGUUGCCUCGCUUUGUGACCUCUACAUCCAUUGUCCUAAUUCCCAAAGUGCCUAACCCUCAGGAUUUUUCUAAAUUUCGUCCGAUUAGUUUGUGCAAUUUUUUCAAUAAGGUGUUGUCUAGGAUUUUGGCUGAUAGGUUGGCAACCAUACUGCCCAAGGUUAUAUCUCCUCAGCAGACAGGGUUCGUCAAGGGCAGAAACAUCACAGAGAAUUAUCUCCUAGCCCAGGAGCUUCUGUCGGGGAUCAGACACAAGUCUAGGGGGGGUAAUGUAGCGUCAUUAUCAAUGGGCAUCGUAUGGAUUUUUCAAAUCGAGUCGGGGCGUCCGCCAGGGCGAUCCGCUAUCGCCAGCGUUAUUGUCAUUGGAGCUGAGGUCUUAUCCCGAGGGCUUAAUAGCCUAACUUUGCAGUCGGGAUUCUUGGGGUUCACUGUUCCCAGGGGAUGCCCUACGGUUACUCAUCUAGCCUUUGCGGAUGAUGUACUUAUAUUUGCGAAUGGCUCUGCCAGAUCUUUAAAAGACAUUGUACAGGUGUUGGAGAUGUAUCAAAGGGCAUCUGGUCAAUUGGUAAAUGCCCAGAAAAGUGGAUAUUUAGUGCACCCAUCAGUGUGUCUCUCUCGCCGAAGGGUAAUAGAGCGGAUUACAGAUGUAAAUCAGCGUAUUUUGGGGAGGUGUAUCAUUCCAUCUCAGCAAGAAUCCUUUCUUGGCGUUCAAAGCUUUUGUCACCUGGGGGGAGGAUCGUCUUUGUGGGUAUCCUUCAUGAGGGCCAAGUAUUGCAAAGGGGUUCACCCAUGUCAGGUGGGCUGGGCUCAAUCUGCUUCAGCAACAUGGAGGCGCAUGCUUGAUGUGAGCCGCCAGAUGGAACUAUCAAUGCUAUGGUUGUUAAAUGGUGGGGGCUGUGACUUUUGGUAUGACAACUGGGUGGGGAGUGGAGGUCUUUUCCUUAGAGCCCCAGUGGUGCCAGCCAUUUCAUUUGCGGAUGUUAUGACUAAUGGUGCCUGGGAUAGGGGCCGUUUGUUGCAGAUUCUCCCAUCAGGCAGUGUGGAUUUGGUGAUGAAAACUCCGGUUCCAAGUGGGAGGGGGACAGACCAAGUGGUAUGGAUGCCUACGAAGUCGGGGGCAUUCACUUUGGCAUCUGCGUAUCAGGAGGUAAGGCAGGGACGCACUAGCUCGCUGGUGCUGUCCCGUAUAUGGCAGGCUAGGAUACCAUUGAAGGUAUCUUUUUUCAUGCUACGCUUGCUUAUGCGGCGCUUACCGAUAGAUGAUGUCCUAGGUGAGAUGGGUUUCAAGUUGGCGUCAAAAUGUUUUUGUUGUGUGGAUGCAACGGGUGAAACGCUGGAACAUGUAUUCUCCACGGGACAACUGGCACUGGAGGUCUGGAGUUACUUUCAGAGUAUAUGUGGUAUAGCUAGUGAUAGCUCUAGCAUUAGGUCACAUUUGUUUGCCUGGUGGAUGCCAUUGGCACCGUCGGGCGAGCAGAGGUUCGUCUGUUCGGUUACCCAGAUAUUUAUUUGUUGGAACAUUUGGAAGGCUAGGUGUCGAGUGGUGUUCGAUGGUGCAAGGGUUCGGGCGAAGGAGAUAUGUGGUGCAGUAUUCCAGGAUGUGAAGGCGGCAUUUGAGAUCCACUUCAAGGUGGCCGUUCAAGGGAGUAAUUUCCAGGUAUUCUUUACGGGAGUGUCUCAAGCGCCGUAUUUGUAUGAGUACAGAAUAGUCCGCUGGGAGGCAGGAGGAUAUGGAUGCACGACGCUUAAUACGGAUGGUUGUGCUAAGGGUAACCCUGGAGUGAGCGGUGGAGGUGGAGUGCUUAGGGAUUCAGUGGCCAUGUAUUAG